AUGGCAAUAAUAUUGUCACCUAAGAGUAAAGCCCCACCUUUCACUAUUGAGACAAGAGUCAUUUUACCUGAAAAUAUGAAAUUAAAACCUUUACCAAUUCCUGGUGCUAAUUACACUCAACCAUCAUUAGAAGAAGAUGAGGAUGAUGAAAUUUCUGAUGAAGAAUCAGCUAGGAAAGUUCCAAAGAAUUUUAGGUCUCCAAGGUCAACCAUUUUAAAUGCAAAAAAAGUAAAAAAAAUAUCUUCCAAGAAAAGUAAAAUUAAUGAGGAGGAAGAAGAAAUAGAUUUAGAUGAUGAAAGUGAGGAAAGUGAGGAAAGUUGUGAAAACAAUCUAAUCAACCCAAGAAGAAUAAGAUUAAGGGCAAAUUAUAAAAAAUUUUGGGAUGAAAAUAUUCUUAAACCAAAUUUUGAUAUGUUGGAAAAUGAUUUCUUAAGGUGGUGUCGAGGAACAAAAUUGACAAAAUUUUAUAAUUGUCUUAAAGAUAUUCAUUGGAAAGAAUUGAUACACCUGAAUCAUAAACAAUUAAAAAAAUUAGGUGUAGAAAGAUUAGCAUCUAGAAAUGUUUUUCUGAGAGGUUUCAAAUAUGCUAGAAUAGCUUUGGAAGAGGAAAUGAGCAAAACAUCAUCUGAUAAAUAUACAGAGAAAUAUGGUUUAGGUGAAUUACAGAAGAAAUUAACUAGACAACGUGAAGAAAGAUAUGAACAACAUCAUGUGAAAAUUGAUGAAUAUGCAAGGGAAAGAAGAAUGAAACAAGGAGAUUCGAAUUCAAAUUAUAUGAGUUCACCUUCCAUAAUGACUUUGGGAAUUCAAAAUAUAUUAAAAAAUAGAUCUAAAAAAGGUCAGAACUCGGAGAUAGAUUCUAAGAAGAAAAAAUUUAUGAUAAAACCUGUUAAAGAGAAAAGUAUUGGACAAGGACGAAUGGGUGUAAGAAGAGUUGGUAGAUGGUAA